UUUUCGUGGCUGUUGAUAGAUGCUUUUACGAAAUUGCCCUUCUCAUCUUGAUUGCUACCGCUCCCAAUAAUUGCUCUUUUGAUGGAAGGAACGGCAUGAAUGUCUUGCAUGCAGAUGUAAUUCGAGCUCCAAUUCCUAAAUUUGUACAUGAGGUGUUUUUCAAAUUUUCUUCUUCUUCAAUGUUGGAAAAAGCUGAUGAUGAUUUUGGGUGAAUUCCUCUUCACUAUGCAGCACACUUGGGCAAUAGAGAACUCGUUGAACUAUUUCUAAAUCAUAACAAUACCCUUGUUUACAAAAAGAACGAAAAGGUUAUGUCAGCAAUGAAAGGGCAUGUUGAUGUGGUUAGGACAUUGAUUAACAAAUGUCUCGACAUUUGUGAGUUGAAGGAUGACAGAGAUCAGACCGCUUUUCAUGUUGCUGUGGAAAGUAGGGAGGAAGAGGUGGUGAAAUUUUUAUUGGAAUCAAUAGCAUUUCAGGAUCUUAUAAAUGAGAAAGAUAAUGAAGGAAAUACAGCUUUGCAUACAGCCUCUAGUGGAGGAGUUUUCAAAAUUUUACAAAUUCUGGCAAAUGACUCAAAUAUUGAUAGAGGGGCUACAAACAAGGGUGGCAUGACAUUUGCGGAAAUUAUCCUAUCAACCAAUCUACUCAACGAUACUGAAAUUCUUGAAAUUAUGUCAGAGUUGGAAAGAGAGGUUGGUUUACUUGGUUUGGAAAGGAAGUUGAUAAGAGAAACUAAAGAAGCAGAGGAUGAUGAAGUGAGAAAACAAAAAGAGCAGCAAACAGAGAACAAGAAAUCGGAAGAAGAAAAAAGAGGUAAAGAUUUAGCAAAUCUCUGUUUGUUGAUAGCCACAAUCAUCGCCACCGCCACAUUCGCAGCAGCUAUCCAAAUCGCCGGUGGAUAUGACAGCCAAGGCAUUGCAAUUUUAAAGGGAAAAUCAGAGUUCACACUUUUCAUAGUCUAUGAUUUACUUGCUUUUUUCUUGUCCACUUUCUCCAUUCUCAUCCAAUUUAGUUCACCGGCAUUCGGAAGAUUUUUUACCCGCUAUUCCACAAUGAUUUUGACGACUACUUUAACAAGUGCUUCGCUAGCCUUUAUGAUGUUUGCCUUUGAGCAAGGUAUAAAGGCAGUGCUCUCCCCUGGACUAGCAAAAGGCUUUUUUAAUAUUCCAUUCACGGCCAUCGUCACAGUAAGCUCGAUGUUAAUUACAUUUUCAUUGUUUCUUUGUAGUAAAGGAAAACUGUACUAAAUUUGAUAUUAUUGAUACUAAAAUUGUGAAAUAAACAUGAAUGACCUAGAUGGUUGUCGUAAUUAAGAUAUUAAUGUUACUAAAAUUGAGUGGGUUUCUUCCCCAUUGUUAUAUGGAU